ACGGAUUGAAAACAGAGGGAAUCAUCUUUGUUCUGUUGUUUAUGGUUCAUUGCCUCCAGAGACUCGAAGCAGACAGGCAACAAUGUUCAACGAUGAAACAAGUGAUUUUGAUGUCCUAGUAGCUAGCGAUGCCAUUGGAAUGGGUCUCAAUCUUAAUAUAUCUCGAAUCAUUUUUUCUACGUUAAAAAAAUUUGACGGCGUGGAAACGCGGAAUCUCACUGUUUCCGAGAUUAAACAAAUUGCUGGUAAAGCUGGCAGGUUCAAAUCUAAAUUUCCUGUAGGCGAAGUUACAUGUCUCGAUGCUGAUGAUAUACCUUUACUCCAUUCAUCUUUGGGUUCCCCCUCUCCUAUUAUUGAGCAAGCUGGACUUUUCCCCAACUUUGAUCUUUUACUAAUGUACUCACAUGUACGCCCGAGUUAUGGCCUACACCAGAUAUUGCAACAUUUUGCGGAAAAUUCUAAAUUAUCAGAGAAGUAUUUCAUUUCUGACUGUGAACAACUGUUGAAAGUCGCUGCAGUUAUUGAUGAGCUACCUCUUAGUUUGAAUGAUAAGUAUCUUUUUACCGUAAGUCCCGUUGACAUGGAUGACGACAUCUCAUCUCAGGGACUGACCCAGUUUGCACAAAGUUAUUGCAAGAGUCGCUGUGUUCGGCUUAAGGAAAUAUUUACUCCUGGAACACUCAAGGUCCCGAAAUCACAUAAAGCACUUAAAGAGCUUGAGUCAAUUCACAAGGUUCUCGAUUUGUACGUUUGGCUUAGUUUUCACCUGGAAGACAGCUUUCCCGAUCGAGAGCUGGCAGCAUCACAAAAGGCUAUUUGCAGCAUGAUAAUUGAGGAAUUUUUGGGAAGAGAUGGUUUGCAGAAGCCGAACUUAAAAAAUUUACGCCGUAGUCCUUUGAAAUCUCUGGCUGGAUGA